AUCCAGUUUGCUGAGAGCGACUCUUGACAUUGACACGGUCGAGAUUCCUUCUGGCACAUACAUCAAGCCACACCGGACAGCCGUGAGAAACAAGGACAGGUCGACUUGGAGAAGAAUCUCACUCGCACCAUUCCUCCCCGAUGUUCCUUCUUCCUCGUCUCAGCUCUCAGAGUCACCACACCCCAAGACACCAUCAAUCACGACCAGCGUUCCGAUUUGAAGAUGCCGUCUUCGAUAGAACCACUCUCGCUCCCUUCAUCAACCAUCACACCUGCCCAGACUACUUUCGAAGACGGUGUGCCCGAGAUUAAGGACGUCCCAGCAUUGGGCCCGAAGAAGACCGGUUCGCCAUCAAAGCCGUUGCCUAAAAGACUGUCACACCGAUCGAGUUGGUUAAGAUAUCCACACUGGCCCGCAUCAAGCUCUUCAACCCAGUGUUUACCAACCAGCGAAAACUGCGGAUUGAACCAACAUCAACCUUGUGACACGUGGCUGCUGCUGCUGCUGCUGCUGUUGCUGCUGUUGGAAGUCGCAGUAUUUCUCAUCAAGCGAACGGUUCCUACUGAAAGUCGUUGCUUCAUCUCCUCUUCACAAAGGGUACUCAGUCUUGAAGGGGAGUGGCAGAGAGGGAAUUUGGUACACACCCAAACAAGACUGUUCCGUCGCAUUAUGGUCUCCAGAUUCCUGAGGUGUGCAUUGAGAGGGAGGAGGAGGAACAUCUCAACACAUGUCUUCCGGUCUACUGUGCGGUGGUCAUAUCCGUCGCGGAUCCUAUGGAAUGCUUCUAUAAACGAGACAUCAGUCAGGCUGUGGAGAACGUCUGGAAGGGGGCAGCUCAGGUGGUUGUGACGGAAUUCUGCAAAGAAACAAAAAGCUGUAUUCGGAGGGUGUCAUCUGUAAAAGCCGUAUAAUCAUAACAGUCGUAGUGUAUCAUGUUCGU